AAAAAACAAACACCAUUGUCAACUUUACUCUCUUUUUUUCUUUCUUUCUUCCCUUAUUUCAUGUCAAAAUUAUUACCAUAAAAAGCUGCUGAAUAUUCAAACUAUACUACAAAAGGUUCUAAAAACCAACGUUUUUGUCACAGUAUUUCACGGGCUAUAUAUUUGAUGUGUUGUUUCAUUGCAUGAUUCAUCACAUUUUUUGUACCAAUAUUCCCUGCAAGUACUCGAGUAUCAUAGUUUUUUUUUUUCUGAUUCUUUUUAAACCUUAGGGAAGAAAGCAAAUUAUUUCGAUUCAGAGAAGGACUCGAUCACGAAUGGCACAAAUCUCUUUCCGAAUGUAAUUAGAGUUGAGUAUCUAAGGCCAACAUUCGACACUUGUAUAAGCAGACGAAUGAGCUGAUUGCUUGACCAGCCCAAGUUGGUUAUAUUGCAGAGAAAAUGGUAACCAGAACAGUGGACCUUAGAUCAGACACAGUGACAAAGCCAACUGAAGCAAUGAGAGCUGCCAUGGCCACUGCUGAAGUCGACGACGAUGUGCUCGGCUACGACCCUACCGCAUUCCGCUUAGAAACCGAGAUGGCGAAGAGAAUGGGAAAGGAAGCAGCUCUUUUUGUGCCAUCAGGGACAAUGGGGAACCUCAUAUCUGUGCUCACACAUUGCGAUAUUAGGGGAAGUGAGGUAAUUCUUGGGGACAAUUGCCAUAUCUUUAUCUAUGAGAAUGGAGGGAUUUCAACCAUUGGUGGAGUGCAUCCGAGGACGGUGAAGAAUAAUAGUGACGGAACCAUGGACCUUGAUUUGAUUGAGGCUGCUAUAAGGGAUCCAAGGGGAGAGAUAGUGUAUCCAACCACUCGGCUUAUUUGCUUGGAAAAUACUCACGCCAACUCUGGUGGCAAAUGUCUUUCAGCUGAAUAUACAGAUCAAGUUGGAGAGCUUGCUAAGAAGCAUGAUCUGAAGCUUCACAUUGAUGGGGCGCGUAUUUUUAACUCUUCAGUUGCACUUGGGGUUCCUGUGGAUAGGCUUGUCCGAGCAGCUGAUUCCGUUUCGGUUUGCCUAUCCAAAGGUAUAGGUGCACCGGUUGGAUCUGUUAUUGUUGGAUCAAAGAGCUUCAUUGCCAAGGCUAGACGGCUGCGGAAAACCUUAGGUGGUGGAAUGAGGCAGGUCGGUGUCAUCGCCGCCGCAGCACUUGUUGCCUUGCAAGAAAAUGUUGGAAAGCUGGAAAGUGAUCACAAGAAAGCUAGACUUUUAGCUGAUGGAUUAAACGAAAUGAAAGGACUGAGAGUGGAUCCAGUGGAGACUAAUAUUGUGUAUGUUGAAAUUGAAGAGGGUUUGCACAUAUCAGCAGGAAAGAUAGUCAAGAACUUGGAAGAACGUGGUAUCCUUGUGAUGGAUGCUGGCCCAUCAAGAAUUAGGAUUGUCCUCCACCACCAAAUUUCAGCAAGUGAUGUGCAAUAUGCCUUGUCAUGCUUUCAGCAUGCUGUUAAGGGAGGGCAAAGUGAAAAUGGCAACUAGUGGAAGAAAAAUUUGAAUUUGGCAAUUAAUCCAUAAAAUUCUAUUCAAUUGCAUUUCAUAUCUGUUGUUGUAUUUGUUUUUUUUUUUUUUGUAUUUUCUUUAAUGUACCCAAAAGACAAGGAAUGGAUUAUUACCUUGGUACCUUCUUGAUGUCUUCCUGCUAUGAAGAAGUUUGAUAAUUGGUAAGUGCAUCCUGGAAUAUUUUCUUCUA